AUGGACCAACAGUCUUUUCAUAAUCUAUCUAUCUAUCUAUCUAUCUAUCUCGGUCUUUUCAUUAUAUAUCUAUCUACUUAUAGCGGUCCUUCAAUCUAUCUAUCUAUCUAUCUAUCUAUAGCGGUCUUUUCAUUAUCUGUCUAUCUAACUAUCUAUUUAUGUAAGUAUUUAUCACGGUCUUUUCAUUAUCUAUCUAUCUAUCUAUCUAUCACGAUCUUUUUAUUAUCUAUCUAUCUACUUAUAGCGCUGUCUUUUCAUUAUCUAUCUAUCUAUCUAUCUAUCUAUCUCGGUCUUUUCAUUAUAUAUCUAUCUACUCAUAGCGUUCUUUUCGUUAUCUAUCUAUCUAUCUAUAACGGUCUUUUCAUUAUCUAUCUAUCUAUCUAUCUAUCUAUCUAUCUAUCUAUCUAUCUAUGUAAGUAUUUAUCACGGUCUUUUCAUUAUUCAUCUAUCUAUCUAUCUAUCUAUCUAUCACGGUUUUUCAUUAUCUAUCUAUCUAUCUAUCUAUCUAUCUAUCUAUCUAUCUAUCUAUCUAUCGCGGUUUGUUCAUUAUCUAUCUAUCUAUCUAUCUAUCUACUUAUAGAUGUCUUUUCAUUAUCUAUCUAUCUAUCUUUUAUCUAUCUAUCUAUCUAUCGAUCACGAUCUUUUUAUUAUCUAUCUAUCUACUUAUAG